AUGGUGAAUUAUACCUUCAUUGCUUGUGGUAAUUUGGCUGCAAUAUUUUAUAUACUCAGAUACAGACAUAUUCAAAGUCGCAUUGUAUAUUCCGAAGACUUACUCUAUUUAACAAUUUUAGUUGUCAUACUUGCUGCUUGGAACAUUGUAAUUUUACUCUCUAGUGCAAUUCAUUCAAAACUCAAUGAUGCUUAUAUAUUCAUAAUCACACUAGUAUCAAUCUUAUUGUUUAAGAACUUUUCGUUGGCAAUUGUUAGAGUAGUGGAAAUGAUUUCCUUUCGAAUCGAUUCGAAUGCAACUACUUUCAUAUCCAAUCGCGAUGACUUGGAGGGCAACAGGAAGUCAGUUACAUUUGAUGAUACUAAAGUUGUGCUCAGCUACCUGGAAGAAAACUCCUCAGUAACCUAUCACCCCGUUAGAGUAUUUCCUUCCAUAGAUGAUUGGAAGUACUGGACGAAGAAGUGUGCUAAGAUAUUGGCUAUCUACCUAUUCACUAUGGUACUGUGUAUAAUCUUAUUACCUAGAUCCAUGAUGUUUGUUUCUACAAAAACACUAUUUUAUUACAACGAUUCAUUCUAUAUUAAGACAGAUCACGCAUUGUUUGCACUUGAGAUAGAAUUUGUAAUAUUUAUGGUUGGCAAAUUUAAUAGAGUAUUGAAACACCCUCACUUUAAGCACUUCCCAUACAUUACAGCAAUUGCAACCAUUUUCAUUUGGGUGUACUCAGGAGCACUCUUGCUCGUAAAUAUCAAUUGCAUAAUCAUAUUCAAUGAUAUCAUAUCAAUAAUGAAAGAUCCGGAACUAUACAUAGCUGACUCCGACAACUUUAUAUCUAUGCUUUCUACAAGUUUAAUCUUAACAUGGCUAGAUUGUUCCGCUGAUGCUUCAACCUUGUGCAAUAAUGAGAAUGCGAAAGUUCAAUUUAUUAGAGAGAUCAUGAGACAAACCUGGUCUGUAGUCAACUCUAUAAACUUCUUACUAGUUCCAUUGAUAAUAUGGAUUGUUAUUAUUGAAAUUAGAUUCAGAAGAGCUUGUGUUUAG